ACAUCUCCCAGAGAGGCCGGAGAGACUCCAGGUGCUUGCCGAGGAGCUGAUCUCGCCGCUGCUGUGCUCUGGAGGAGCUGCUGUGCCGUGAGGAGGAGUAGGCAGAGAGAAGCAGAACUAGGGGCAGGGGUGAAGGGCCGAGGAGGAGGGUUGUUUUGCUGGAAGGCUGCCCACCUGCUACAGUUGUUGACCUGCAGCAAGGGGGGAAGCAAGAUGGCAAAAUCCCUCUUCUCGGGACCUCGCUCGCCUCCAACUGCUGAGAAGCUCAGAAAUUCUGGUAAGGCCCUCAGGCCCAAUUUCACACGUGCUGUCGGGCCCAGUGACAUGUCUGAAAACAGGUGUGGAAGCCCUGAAGGAGGAAGGUGGGCAUGGCUGAGCAGGGCAGGUUGCUGCAAGAAGGCAGCUACCUUAGCACCCAAGGGGCCGAAGGAGCGCUUGGGCAGGCGUGACUCCUGGGUUCUGUUCCCGACCUGGCCCCUGCCUUCCCAGGGAUCUCCAAGCAGGAGCCGCCAGUGGAACUGAACUGCUUGUCUCAGAAACGCAUCACUCCUUUGGCAGGAAUUCAGGGUGCUGAACUGUUUUGAGGUGGCCUCCUGGGAGCAUGACAUGUCUCUUCUUUUGUUUUCCAGAGCUCGCUAAGUUUUGGUCCAGUGCAUCCUAUUAUCUCAGUCAACAGCUGGCUUUCUACCAGGCUGUGCACAUUCCUGGACUGGGGACUUUCAUGGUUGUCAGAGAGCGCGUAGUCAGCCAGAAGGGUCUGGUUACUGUUGAGAGACCCCUGUUUCACCUGGCAAAGGCUCUUGCGCAGGACCAUGACCUCCAGUAUGACUCCAUAGAUGUUGCAGGUAGGAAGAGUGAAGUCUGACAGAGGUGCUUCCCUGGCACCAGAGUGGGGAAAGGGUGCCAGACUGUCAUUAUAGAUGGUAAUACAGUGUAACAGCACACUCUCUUUCACCUGCUUCAACAAUGGGUUUCAUUCCGGUCUCAUUGGCUCCGUGUCUCAGCGUCUCCUCAGAGACAUACCAAUGGUGCCACUUCAAAAUCUCAAGAGUAGCGUAUUGCCUGUGGGGCUGGAAGCUGCUGACUUUUGAUUGUAGCCCACUCAGUGGCUCUCCAAGUGCUCACGUUCCUCUCCUCUUCUUUCGCCAGGACAUGACCAGUAUCAGCAACUUCCGUAUGCUCAGAUAGCCUCAGAAAAUGGCAUCUCUGCAGACGCGGCGCAGCUUUGCGUGGAAAGGACCGUGUGCCUUUUCAGCGCCUGCAUAGAGAAGAGGCGGAACGUUGCUUUCAUUUGGAGAGACGUUGGCAUGCUGCUGAUUGAAGGAAAACGGGUCCAAAUGAAAUUCUAUGAGGACUUCCUGGAGAAGCUCAACGGGACUGCUGACAUGUUGCAGGCUCUUCUUGGGGUAGGUUUUGCAUUUUCCCAGCACUACCUCUGAUUCUUCUGAAAUGCCUUCCGGGGACUAGGGGACUGCUUUCUCCUUGCCUGCCAUGCUUCUUCAGCCACCUGGGCUCCUGGUGGUCUGCAGGAAAGCAGGCUCUGUAGAGCUCUUCCCUUACACGAGGGGGCGCGGCUCUGUGCCAGGAUAUGCAACCUCAAAAGGCCUUGCUUUUUGUCAAGAGACCAGAGGAGCGGUGAGCGUCACUGCUCAGUCCCAACUCAGAGCAUGGAGCAGAGACACAGGCACAGCAAGGCUUGCUGAGGCCCGAACCCUCCCUUUGGCAGCUUGCGUUGUGUUGGGCUAAGACAGAUUGGAGCUGCCAGCCAUUCCCAUUGUCCCCAUCUCCCAUCGUCUGUCUCCGUUCUGAUUGCAGAUGCCAGAAAUGAGCAAAUCGGUCAUCUCACGCAACGACUGCGUAGCUUCCCAAACAACUUCCGGACGUGUUACUGUCUUUCCAAUGUACGAGCACAAGUGCAUAAUUAAAAUGACUGAAACACCAAAGGUGGACCUGAAGUACCACGUGAAGACCAGACACGAGCAAGGCUGGGCAAGACCUGGUGACAGUGGCACGAAAGGGGACCUUUGUGAGACGCGCCUCCUUCAUCGAGCAGCGCUUUCUCCAAUAAGAUUACCGGCAUUGACUGUAAUGCCAGGGAGAGACCAGAAAGCCGAGGAGAAAGAGCCUCGCACCAGGCAGCUACCAGCCGUCCCGGGGAGACCCUUGCAGGAUAAAGAAGAGCAAGGGAAAGUCAUUCCUCUGGUGACUCCCAGGAUGGUGGACUUCAUUGCUGCAGCGGUGGAGGCGAAUAGAAGGAUUGCCGCCGAGAAAAAAUGCGCAAAGACCAGGAAGGGAAAGGAGCAGAAGGGGAAGACAGUGAGGAAGGAGAAGGAGGAGAAGGGGAAGACGGUGAGGAAGGAGAAGGAGGAGAAGGGGAAGAAGGUGAAGGAGAAGGAGGACAAGAUGAGAAAAGAGGAGAAGGUAAAGCAGGAGAAGGUGAAGGAGGAGAAAGGGAAGAAGGUGAAGGAGGACAAGAUGAGGAAAGAGGAGAAGGUGAAGCAGGAGAAGAAGGUGAAGUUUGUGCAGCAAGAGAAGGUGAAGGUCGUGAAACAGGAGAUGAAGGUGAAGAACGUGAAGCAGGAGAAGGUGAGGAAGGUGAAGCAGGAGGAGAAGAGUAGAUUUUCAAAACAUGCCCAGAAGUUCUUGGCUGAAGAGGAAAAAAAGAACAAAAUGCUGAAGAAACAGAAAAAGAAGCAAGCCAAGCAGCAAGAGUUGGAAGCAGAGAAGACGGAAGCCCAGCCAGAAGAAGUGGAGAUGCCAGUGGCUCAGGAAUCCUCUACCUUUGAGGAAGAAUAUUCCAGCUCUCUGUCUGAGAGCGAGACAGAGCAGUCCAGCUCCAGCUGCAGCUCCAGCCACAGCCUGAUCAAGAGGAUGAUGGGGGAGCAGGAAGAGGCUGAGGAGGAGCCACCCAGAGUCUCCUGGGACAGCGCUCAUUUCCCAAAACGGAGGCUUACUCCAGUGACAGAAGAGACCCUGCGGGAGGUGGUGAAGUGCAUUGUGGAGCAAGUGGCCCGUGAGCAGCAGGGACAGAGAGAUGCAGAGAAGGAUCUGCAGGGCCGGCUCCAGAGCGAGCUCGCAGUGCUGCGGUGGAGUCAGUGGAGUCGGUCAGCAAGAGAAACACCCAGCAUCCUUUCUCUGUCAGGACCUCAGUAUAGACCUGCACCCCCUCCUGGGCCAAGGCCGGGCAAGGCAGCACGGGUAGGUGGUGUGGGCUCCUGUAAGCACCAUGUCAUAGCUAGCCAUAGCAAGCCACGGGAAGACCCUCUUGGGCCUGUGGGAUGGAGAGCAGCUGGCCGCGGAACUGGAGACCUCUGCACAGACAACCCUGCCAGCCAGCUAUGUGCUCAGGCCAAAGUCUAAGCCCUCGCCUGACUCAGUGCCUGGUCAAUCAGCCCCACAGCAGGCUACCCCAGAUUGGGACUGGCCACAAGGGCUGCAAUUACAUUACAGGGACCAUGAGCCUGCUCUCUCUAGCCACACACGAGCAGAGCCACUCUCUUAUACUGCAGAGACUUGCAGUGUUGUGCUGCUUGUCUCUGCAUUCACAGAACUACAGAGCUUCACGCUGAACUCCUUAGGCCCGGAGAGUAGUUCCUGCGCACGUCAACAAGGAGCACGAGAGAUCUGCCAGCACUGAGACUCCCGAGACAGACAUCCAGCAAGUGUCACCCUCAAUGAGGACCCUCAAUGAGGACCCUCAAUGAGGCUCAGUGAGGACCACCGUUCACUUCUGGCGACGUUAACGGUGACACUCUGAAAGGCGCGUCGCCACUUUCCCUGUCACCCUUUCCCUAUACCCAAUAAAACCCCAUUACCCAAACACCA